GAAUCAAUAGGAGAAAAAAAAAAACAAAUAAUACUACACGAUACUGCCGUGCUUAUGUUUGGUGUUCUUCCUCCAGCGGGUAACGCUCUUUACUGUGAGCGUCAUGCGCUGCUGAUGACGCGUAAAGCAAAACGAAGAAAAAGAACAUGAAGGAGCUUUGUUGCUUGGCGUAGCCUCUGAACAGCCCGCACGCUCCUUCCGUCUCUCUCCCCUCCGGCCUGUCCGUCUCAGUCGAGGGGAGGGGGGAGUCGGCAAGAAAUACUCCGGCGGCGCACGCGGCGUGGAGACGGACGGAAAGAAAUGAAGAAAGAAAAAUCAACAAUGAAAGGAUAGGAUAGAGGAAGACGGGGGGGGGGGCCGAAUGACGGACUCGAACACACGUUGUUGGGCGGUGUCCUCGAGUGCUUCGUACACAGCUGUUAAACGGAAAAUGAAGAGAAGAAAGAAAUGCACGUGCACGCACACUGGCUCUCCUCCCUUCUUCCUCCUGCUCUGUCGUUGCUCGUACGGUCAGCUCAACUUCAUUCUAGACGUUAUACAACGAGAAGGAACUCGCCACGGCUACGGGGUCUUCGCUGCUCCCCCACGGCAGGGUUUUUUCUCUCUUCAGCCGUCGUUGCCUUCCUCCUCUUUCUUCUCUUUCUUACUUUUUAUAAGAGACGUACAAGUGCAAGUGGACGACUCGCUGCUUUCACAAGAGGAGUGUAUCAGCUCUGCGGUUCCCCAUCUCACUGGGUUCAUCUUAUUCUCUUUUGAAUAAGGGAGAAAAGGAAAAGCUAGCUAGCUUUCUCAUCUGGUUUGCUGUUGCAGCUGUUGCUUUACCCCGAACACCAUCGAACAUCAACAGCAGUUCUCGCGGGAAAAGCAACAUGUCCAGCACCACCGCUCCAACGAGCGACACGACGGUACAGCUGUCGAAGGAAGAAAUCCACACCUACGCGACGGCGAUGAUGGCUGCGAUGGACACUCCGGACUUCCAGGCGCGCGUGCGUGCGGCGAUGAGUCGCGUGCCGGUGCCGAGCAACGCAGAAGAGGUGAUGGACCGAUUUGAGGAGGUGCAAGCAGACUACUUCACCAACUACUACGACGACGGCCACAGUAGCAGUAGCAAUACUCGUGGGAGUUCCCGCAACGCCUCGAGCGGGAAAACAAACCGGGGCGAUGGCGCGUCGGCGCCGACGAACAACAACAGCAGCGUGGAAGGUGCACGUGCCGCGGACGAGCGGCUGACGGCGCAGGUGGGCGGCAUGACCUUCCACGACGACGGGCGUCAAGACGGGCGGAAGGACACUACCGAUGCAAAGCGCGACGGCGUCUUCGUUAUGGACCAGCUGCGCAACGCGGUGAACGUGUACAAGGACAACGCAACGGAGCGCAUCAUCACCCAGCUGUGCUUGCUCGUCGAGGCGAAGGUGACCGCGCUGCCGGCCACCGUGCCCGCGUUGAAGCACCUUUUCGUGGAGUCGGUUCAUGGACGUGGGGUGGCGGAGGCCGCCGCGGCCGCGCGUGCAGGCGGCAGUGGCGGCAAUGCCAUGCCGAUCGUCAACCCCUCCCCGCAGAUGCUGUCCAUGAUGGACAUGGCGAUGAAGACGUUAACGCCGGCGCAGCGGGCCACGCUCGAGCGGGCGCAGCAGACAAUGCUGAGCGGCCGGCCGCCCGCGGCGGACGACAUGCGGGAGAUGUUUCUGAUCCAACGGCAGAUUGGGGCCUUUAUGCAGACGGUGCAGCAGUUUGGCCAGCUGCCUGGCGGACGUGGGGGCGGACGUGGGGGCGGUCGCGGUGGUGGUGGUGGUGGUCGCCGUGGCAAGUAG